AGAACUUUUUGUUUGCGGAGCAGGUUUUGGGAGCGAGGACCAGGAGGUGAACUCUGUCUAAUCUCAGUCCUGUUUAGCUCUGACCUGGAACACUGCAAACAUGCUGCUGAGGAGCUUCUGCUUCAUUUCCACUCUGCUUUGGACCCUCCACGCUGCUGAAGUGUUUGUUGGGAAACACCAAGCCGCCUCGGUGCUGCGCCGAUGGAGGAGAGCCAACAGCGGCUUCCUGGAGGAGCUGAAGCAGGGGAACCUGGAGAGGGAAUGCGUGGAGGAGAUCUGUGACUACGAGGAGGCGCGGGAGGUGUUUGAGGACGAUCAGCAGACGAGGGAGUUCUGGAGAAAUUAUGCCAAAAGGGACCCCUGCCUGGAGAACCCCUGCCACAAUAACGGGACGUGUCUUUAUGUGGGAAACUCCUAUGAAUGUCAGUGUCUGGAGGGAUACGAGGGCCGGUACUGUCAGACAGUUUUUGAAGACACGCUGGGAUGUCUGUAUCAGAACGGUCACUGUGAGCAUUUCUGCGAUGGUUCUGGAGUUCGACGCAGAUGUUUCUGUGCUGAUGGCUACCAGCUGGCAGAUGAUGGGAAACAAUGUAUUUCUAAAGUGGAGUUUCCCUGUGGGCAGCUGCCCUCCUCACAGGAUGGACUUAACCAGAGCACCCAGGUUCAGACCAGGCUGGUGGGAGCUAAUCAAUGCAGCCCUGGAGACUGUCCCUGGCAGGUCCUGCUUCAACUGGAUGGACGCAGCCACUGCGGUGGAGCUCUAAUCCACCCGGACUGGGUCAUCACUGCUGCCCACUGCGUCCAUAAGACGGCCCCCUGGAACCUCACUGUGGUGGCAGGUGAACAUAACCUGGACGUGAAGGACAACAAAGAGCAGCAGAUAGCCGUAACCAUGGUGAUACCCCAUUCAAACUACAACCCAGGGACGGGCGACAGCGACAUCGCCUUGGUCCGGUUGAACCAGUCCGUGGCUCUGGGUCGAUUCGUCAUCCCCAUCUGCCUUCCCACCAAAGACUUUGCAGAACGGGAACUCCUGCCGGUCCGCUACCACACCGUGUCCGGCUGGGGCAAGAGGACGACCGGUGGGAACGUCUACGCCUCUUCCGGCCGCCCACUCUCCCCCAUCCUCCGCCAGAUGAACGUCCCCAUCAUCCAGAACUCCCAGUGCUCCCUGAAAUCCCAGUUCAACUUCACAGACAACAUGCUGUGUGCCGGAUAUCUGGACGGAGGCCUGGAGAGCUGCAGAGGCGACGACGGCGGCCCGCUGGUGACGGAGUACGGCUCCACCCACUUCCUGACGGGUGUGGUGGCCUGGGGCCGCGGCUGCCCCCACCCGGGAUAUUACGGGGUUUACACCAAGGUGGCCAUGUUUGUGGACUGGGUGGAGAAAACCAUGAAGAACCCGCCCAGACUGCAGGAGGCAGGAUCUGGACCCAGUCUGGAGCAAAUAGCGGUCUUCAGAACACUGAAGGUCCUCCAGCUGAGCUCCGCUCCAACUGGAACCAUGUUUUGGACUCUAGGGCCAACCCUGGGCCUGGUUCUGCUGCUCCACCUCACUGCUGCUCACGUGUUCCUGGAUGGCAGGAAGGCCAACGAGGUUCUGACCAGACUGAGGCGGGCCAACAGCUUUAUGGAGGAGUUUAAACAAGGCAACAUGGAGAGGGAGUGCAACGAGGAGCGCUGCAGCUGGGAGGAGGCGCGGGAGAUCUUUGAAGAUAAGCAGAAAACUGACGAGUUCUGGGCCAAAUAUGUCGAUGGUGACGCCUGCGAGUCCAUCCCAUGUGCUCAUGGGGGGCACUGCAAGGACACGAUCGGAGGCUACACCUGCUACUGCAAGGAGGGAUACAAGGGCUUCAACUGUGAGAUCGUGAUCCCCAAGCUGUGCGAGAACGAGAACGGCGGCUGUGAGCAUUUCUGCCGGAUCACCAACAGGAACGUCGAGUGCUCCUGUGCCGACGGAUAUUUCCUGGCUGCCGAUCAGAAGUCCUGCGAAUCCCAUGAGAGGUUUAAAUGUGGCGCCAUCGUCACCAACAAGGUCCGCUCCCUUCUGGGCUCCGUGGAAGAGACCAAAGAGGAAAUGACAAACCUGAAGCUGAACACCAGCGCCAACUCCACAUCACCGCAGAACUCCGACUCUGCUGAUCUGUUCUCGUCUGGAAACAUCAGCAGUCAGAUCCCGCCCUCUAACACGCUCUGGGACAGCGGCGUCACCAGCGACAUGGCGGCAAACGUCCGCAUUGUGGGCGGAGAGAACUGUCCGCCAGGAGAAUGUCCAUGGCAGGCUCUGCUGAUUAACGAAGACGACGUGGGCUUCUGUGGGGGAACCAUCCUGACCGAGUACAUCAUCCUGACGGCCGCCCACUGCAUGAACCAAUCACGAUACUUCGUCGUCAAACUCGGUGAAUACAACACAAUUGAAUCCAGUGAGAAUGAAGUAACACAUCAUGUGGAAAUCAUCGUCUCCCACAACAAGUACAGCCCGGACACCUACCACAAUGACAUCGCGCUCAUCAAGCUGGCCGAGCCCAUCACGUUCACCAGGUUCAUCCUUCCAGCCUGCAUACCGGAGGCAGACUUUGCAGAGAAUGUCCUAAUGCGCCAGGCAGACGGUCUAGUCAGCGGCUUUGGACGUCUUGGCGAGGGUCAAGAGACAUCCACCAUCUUACAGCGUCUCUCUGUCCCCUACGUGGAUCGGAACGUCUGCAUGGAAUCCACCCAGCUGCGCAUCACCAUGCGCAUGUUUUGCGCCGGCUACGACACAAUCACCAAGGAUGCCUGCCAGGGCGACAGCGGCGGGCCGCACGUCACGCGUUACCGUGACACCUACUUCAUCACUGGCAUCGUGAGCUGGGGGGAAGGGUGCGCUCGCAAAGGGAAAUAUGGCGUCUAUACGCAAGUGUCGACGUACAUCCGCUGGAUCCGACAGGGAAUCAGGAGGUUGACAGCCGCUCAGGGCAGCAGGAAGAAGAGGGACGGUGGUUCCAUCAGACGGUUGUUCCUGUACCUGAGGUUAAAGCGGUCCAACAUGUCCGCCUCUUGGCUCGCCGUCUGCCUUCUGGGAGGUUUUCUCCUUCAGGUGUUCAGCCAUGAGAACGUAAAUCCAGGGCUCUGUGAGAAUGAAAACGGUGGCUGCGAACAUUUCUGCCAUGUUGUGGAAGGGAACGUCGAGUGUGGCUGUGCUGAUGGGUACUUCCUGGCACCGGACAACCAGUCCUGCAGCUCUAACGAGACUUUCAGAUGUGGCGCCAUCAUCACCGGCAGAGUCCAAACUCAGAAUGGAACCGUAGAGGGGAACUCCAGAGAGGAUCAGCUGGUCCUCCAGAGCAAUGCAAGCAGGCUGGAUGAGACCGUCAGGGGAGAGGACUGUCCACCGGGACAAUGUCCAUGGCAGGCUCUGCUGGUGAAUCAGAACGGCGUGGGCUUCUGUGGGGGAACCAUCCUGACCGAGUACAUCAUCCUGACCGCCGCUCAAUGCCUGACCCAAGCCCGGUACCUCACCGUCAGCCUCGGUGUCUACAACUCGUCUCACAGUGGAGGUGACCAAGCUUCCCAUGUGGUGGACGUCUCGGUCAGUCACCAUGGUUACAGCCCACAGACGCUCUUCAACGACCUGGCUCUGAUAAAGCUGGCCACGCCCAUCAGGUUCUCCAGGUACAUCCUGCCGGCCUGCAUACCGGAGCCGGACUUCAUGGAGAAGGUUCUGAUGCGGCAGCAGGCGGGGCUGGUCAGCGGUUUUGGACAUCUGGGUGAGGGUCAGCCGUCCGCCAUCCUACGGCGCCUCUCCGUCCCCUACGUGGAUCCAGAUGCCUGCAUGCAGUCCACCCAGCUGCCCGUCUCUUUGCGGAUGUUCUGCGCAGGCUACGACCGGAUGGAGGAUUCCUUUCAGGGCGACGCCGGCGGGCCGCACGUCACCCAUUACCAUGACACCUUCUUCAUCACCGGCAUCAGGAGCUGGGGCAAAGGUCACGCACGAAAGGGGAAAUACGGCGUCUACACUAAAGUAUCUAAAUACAUCAAGUGGAUCAGAGAGGGGAUCAAGAAGCUGACGCCUGUGAGCCCAGUAUAAACACCCAGUAAACCCAGUAAUCAGGGAUUUAAGCUCAGAGAAGCUGGAACGAACCAUCCUCAUUGAGUCCCUCAGGUUCGACUGUUUGGGCCCCUGAUCAUCCAGGUUUGGUUCGGUCUGACAUCAAUCAUCAAAGGAAAAAAUCUACUGACUAGCAUUAAAUUUAGCUACAGAACUGAUCCUGUUUAACACGUCUGGAGAAUAAAGUGGCUGUUCUUUAAUUCUCAUUUCUAUGUUUACGUUUGAUUUGAUCUGAAUGUAACUGAAA